GCGAGCCCGGGACGAGCGCCGCGAGAGUUAGCGCGAGACCAGCGCGGCCGGGGACGCGGAGCGACGCGUUCCGCCGUCGACCUCCGGUCUGGUGGCCAGGCCUGAGCAAUCGGAGGCCGAGCGCCGAGCGGGACGGAACGGGGACCUGAGGGCGUCCGCGGCGCACCCGCUGUUGCCUGCCCCCUCCUCCUCCCCUGCCCUCCGCGGAACCCGACGAGUCUCCAAGUCUUCGUCUGAAGUGUGUCCUCGCCCAACCAGAACCUUACGUCCAGUGGGCAAGAAGUAAGAUCUUAACCAACGCUGUGGAGAUACCUGAUUCUGAAAGAGUGGAAUUAGCAGUGAGGUGCAUUCAUGAGGAUUAAGUCUGAAGAAGAUUUUGCAGCAACUUACAUUGGUAAACAACUCUGAAUGUGUCUGAUGCAGGAAGAAGUGUCCAGACAAGAGGUUUUUUUGUCACAUGAUUUCACAAAAAAUAGUACGAUGUCGGGUUGCUCACCAUUUAAGAUGCGACUAGUUCAUCUGGACCUGAAAGGAGCCCCACCGAGGGUCUGCUACCUCUCAGAGAUUUUCCCCCUGUUCCGUGCCCUGGGUGCCAACGGCCUCCUCAUCGAGUAUGAAGACAUGUUUCCCUAUGAGGGCCACCUGAGGCUGCUGAGGGCCAAGCACGCAUACAGCCCCUCCGAAAUCAAAGAGAUCCUGCAUCUGGCCACACUGAAUGAGCUGGAGGUCAUUCCCUUGGUGCAGACAUUUGGGCACAUGGAGUUUGUGCUGAAGCACGAGGCUCUCGCUCACCUCCGGGAAGUGGCACUUUUCCCCAACACCCUGAAUCCCCACAAGGCGGAGUCCCUGGCACUGGUUGGAGCCAUGAUUGACCAGGUGAUGGCGCUGCACCCGGGCGCCCGGUGGCUCCACAUCGGCUGUGACGAGGUCUACUACCUCGGAGAGGGUGAGGACUCAAGACAGUGGCUGCAGCAGGAGCCCAACACCAGAGCAGAGCUGUGUCUGUCCUACAUGGAGGCGGUGGCCAGCCAUGUGCAGGCUCGGCACCCGACCACGACGCCCCUGGUGUGGGACGACAUGCUGCGGGACAUCCCCGAGGACCAGCUCUCAGCAUCGAGGGUGCCGCAGCUGGUGGAGCCUGUGCUCUGGGACUACGGGGCCGACCUGGACGUCCACAGCAAGGCGCUCCUCAUGGAGAAGUACCGGAAGAGCGGCUUCUCCUGGCUCUGGGCCGCCAGUGCCUUCAAGGGAGCCACGGGGGCAAGCCAGGCCCUGACCCCCAUCGAGCACCACCUCAGAAACCACAUGCAGUGGCUGCAGGUGGCGGGCAGUGUGCCAGCGGACACGCUGCAGGGCAUCGUCCUGACUGGCUGGCAGAGGUAUGACCACUUCUCUGUGCUGUGCGAGCUGCUGCCCGUGGGAAUCCCGUCCCUGGCUGUCUGUCUGCAGGUGCUUCUACAUGGCGGCUUUGCCGAAAACGUUAAAGCAAGAGUGGAGAACUUUCUUGGGACUUCGAGCUUGGAAGCAGCGGAUUUUAGGAGUGAGAGGGCCGGCUCCUUCCCUGGCAGCGACAUCUUGAACCUCAUCACACAAGUCAGCCUCCAUCUGUGCAGCUCCGUGGAUGCACUGCUGGAGAGGGACAGGUAUGUGACCGGCUGGUUCAGCCCCUACCAUCGCAGGCGGAAGUUCAUCCACCCCGUCAUGAUCCAGCACAUCCAGCCCCAGGCGCACAGUCUCCUGGCCAGGUGGAGCGUUCUCGUGGGGGAGCUGGAGGCUGCCCUGCAGCGUGUCUUCUACCCAGACGCAGUGGAGGAGUGGCUGGAGGAAAACGUGCGCCCCAGCCUGCGGCGGCUGCAGGCUCUGCUGCAGGAUCUGGGUGAGGCAGCCGGCCCCAGGCCCGACUCGGGUCAGGACCCCUGAGGGGAGGGGGCCAAGCUCAGGCUGUCGGCCUUCCUGCACCCUCAUCCAGCUGCACCCGGCCCCACGUGCGCCUCCUGAGCCCUGGGCAGCCGUGCCAGCAGACAGCGCCCACAGAAACAAGAGUAAACAUGGAAGGAAAAGACACUCUGGGCCUAUACAAUGAUCAGCAUUAGAACUUUAAUUCUUUCAAAAUAAAAAGGAGUGGAAGCCA